GCCCCCGGCAAGCCUUUUCCAGCCACCCCGUCGCCCAGGCCUGGGAACUGUUGGGAAACCCAUCCGCCUCUUAGCCAACCACUUUCAAGUUCAGAUCCCCAAGAUUGAUGUUUAUCACUAUGAUGUAGAUAUCAAACCAGAGAAACGCCCCCGGAGAGUGAACAGAGAGGUGGUGGAUACCAUGGUGAGACACUUCAAGAUGCAGAUCUUUGGUGACCGGCAGCCUGGGUACGAUGGCAAACGGAACAUGUACACGGCGCACCCGUUACCGAUUGGCCGGGACAGGGUGGAUAUGGAGGUGACACUUCCAGGAGAGGGGAAGGACCAGACAUUUAAAGUGUCCAUUCAGUGGGUGUCAGUCGUCAGCCUGCAGCUGCUGCUGGAAGCUCUGGCAGGGCACUUGAAUGAAGUUCCUGAAGAUUCUGUACAGGCUCUUGAUGUCAUUACCCGGCACCUUCCCUCCAUGAGGUACACUCCUGUGGGUCGGUCCUUUUUCUCCCCCCCUGAAGGUUAUUACCACCCUCUGGGUGGUGGUAGGGAGGUCUGGUUUGGUUUCCACCAGUCAGUCAGACCUGCCAUGUGGAACAUGAUGCUCAACAUUGAUGUGUCAGCAACUGCUUUCUAUCGUGCCCAGCCUAUCAUUGAGUUCAUGUGCGAGGUCUUGGACAUUCAGAACAUCAAUGAACAAACCAAGCCUCUUACAGACUCCCAGCGUGUCAAAUUUACCAAAGAAAUCAGAGGUCUAAAAGUAGAGGUGACCCAUUGUGGCCAGAUGAAGAGAAAAUACCGAGUUUGCAACGUUACUCGGCGACCAGCCAGUCACCAGACGUUUCCUCUGCAGCUGGAAAAUGGGCAGGCUAUGGAGUGUACAGUAGCUCAGUAUUUUAAGCAGAAGUACAGUCUGCAGCUAAAAUAUCCUCACCUUCCCUGUCUCCAAGUAGGACAGGAACAGAAACACACAUACUUACCGCUUGAGGUGUGUAACAUCGUGGCAGGACAGAGAUGUAUCAAGAAGCUAACGGACAAUCAGACCUCGACUAUGAUAAAAGCAACUGCAAGAUCAGCACCGGACCGGCAGGAGGAAAUCAGCAGACUAGUGAAAAGUAACAGUAUGGUUGGUGGACCUGAUCCGUAUCUGAAGGAGUUUGGUAUUGUUGUCCACAAUGAAAUGACAGAGUUGACAGGCAGAGUUUUGCCAGCACCAAUGCUGCAAUAUGGAGGCAGGAACAAGACUGUGGCCACACCAAACCAGGGUGUGUGGGACAUGAGAGGGAAACAGUUCUAUGCUGGCAUUGAGAUUAAAGUUUGGGCUGUUGCCUGUUUCGCUCCUCAAAAACAAUGCAGGGAAGACUUACUAAAGAGUUUCACAGACCAGCUGCGCAAGAUCUCGAAGGACGCGGGGAUGCCCAUCCAGGGCCAGCCCUGCUUCUGCAAAUACGCCCAGGGUGCAGACAGUGUGGAGCCCAUGUUUAAACACUUAAAACUGACUUAUGUUGGUCUGCAGCUGAUCGUGGUGAUUCUACCUGGAAAGACACCCGUGUAUGCUGAAGUCAAACGGGUUGGUGACACUCUUCUAGGAAUGGCCACUCAGUGCGUUCAGGUAAAGAAUGUGGUCAAAACCUCACCACAAACCCUGUCCAACCUGUGUCUGAAGAUAAAUGCAAAGCUUGGAGGAAUCAACAAUGUGCUUGUACCUCAUCAAAGGCCCUCGGUGUUCCAGCAGCCAGUGAUCUUUUUGGGAGCAGAUGUCACUCACCCUCCAGCUGGGGAUGGAAAGAAGCCUUCCAUAGCUGCUGUGGUCGGCAGCAUGGACGGCCACCCGAGCCGGUACUGCGCUACGGUGCGCGUGCAGACCUCCCGUCAGGAGACCUCCCAGGAGCUGCUGUACAGUCAGGAGGUGAUACAGGACCUGACCAAUAUGGUGCGAGAACUAUUGAUCCAGUUUUAUAAAUCCACUCGUUUCAAGCCCACGAGGAUCAUUUACUACAGAGGGGGAGUAUCAGAAGGACAGAUGAAGCAGGUAGCUUGGCCAGAACUGAUAGCGAUCCGCAAGGCCUGUAUUAGUCUGGAAGAAGAUUAUAGACCAGGAAUAACCUACAUCGUUGUGCAGAAAAGGCAUCACACCAGACUGUUCUGUGCUGACAAAACUGAAAGGGUGGGUAAGAGCGGCAACGUACCAGCAGGCACUACUGUGGACAGCACCAUCACACAUCCCUCUGAAUUUGACUUUUACCUCUGUAGCCAUGCAGGAAUUCAGGGAACCAGCCGGCCCUCCCACUACCAGGUCUUGUGGGAUGACAACUGUUUUACUGCAGAUGAACUACAGCUCUUGACCUAUCAGCUGUGUCACACGUAUGUCCGGUGUACGCGAUCGGUCUCCAUUCCAGCUCCCGCGUAUUAUGCCAGGCUGGUAGCGUUUAGGGCCAGGUACCAUCUCGUGGACAAGGAUCAUGACAGUGCUGAAGGCAGCCAUGUGUCAGGACAGAGCAAUGGCCGCGACCCUCAGGCUCUGGCAAAGGCAGUGCAGAUCCACCAUGAUACUCAGCAUACGAUGUAUUUUGCUUGAGAGCAUCUGGGAAGAAUGAGACAAAACCAACAACCCCGUGCAGUCCUGAAAUGUUUUGAAUGCCUACUGCUCUAGCUAGGGCCCAGUUUAUUUCAGGCUGCCCACUACCAGCAGCUCUGAACAGUCGCACUGAAUCUGUACUUCACAGCAAUGUCUGAUGCACCAACUCAAUUGAGCCAUUUGUUUCAUUGUUUUAUGUAAUAGAAAUUCAUAGACUUGUCUUUUCUGAUGCAUUGGACUGAAUUUUUACCUCAAAGCGCAAAAGGCUGAUCAUCCUGAAAUUUUUAAAGGACUUGGCACGAAAGGUUUCUAUUGAAUAUUUUGCUAGCUAUGGUUUUUAAGUUAUCUUCUCAUCCAUCCCAUUAGUUUAUCACGACGACUGAUCCCCCUGUCUUCACGCACUGCUUAGUGAGGAUGAGUAGUAUGGCAAGAUGUUUUACUCCAGUUCAAUGUAAUUGUUCUAUUGUGUGGGGCCAUAGAUUUUUUUAAUGGAGAUUUUAGACUUCACUACUGUAAAUGCCUUUUAACGAACAUAACUUUCACAGGUAUUGCAGUUUUUUGUCAGUUUUAACUAAUUAUCUUUUUAAUCUCUGCAGACUUUGGCUGCAAAGCAAUUGCACUAUACUGCGAGUUCAAAUAGGUGGUUCUUGUUCUGUGAAUGUGUAAUAUAACCAAGAUAGUGAUGCCUGUCAGUAGAUUUUAAUUAUAAUGGUUACAAAUAAUACUGCCAUGGUAUCGUAACAAGUACUGAACCAUCAUUUCCCCCCUCUAAAAAUGAAAAAAAACAA